GCCCAUCCCUGGCCGCAGAAUGGAUGGGAUUCACUCUUCAUCUACUGAGCAUCCCCCAACUUAUCUGACCAUCGCACAUGACAAAUGGACUUUGGCGGAGUCGCGCACGCCAAAGAGUUCCACCAACUCUACCAACUCCGCAUUCUCCCCCCAUUCGAUCGCCACACAGAUUCACGGUGCCGCGCAAUGGUGAUGAACCAUAAAUUACUAAUCGACCACAAUCCAUUGACGACUGCUUGCGGGUAUGGAUCAUAACUCUGCCAAGCUUAUGGUACGGCUUCCAAGUAAACGAGCCAUGAAGCACUGGAGCUGUAGAUAAACCUGCUGUCUUGGUUGACAUCUUGCCGAUGAUUUCAUCCAUCCAUGCACACUCACGGCUAGUUCUGGAUAACGGUUUCGCGCAAUUCUCCUUUCCAUUCCAAGGAUCGUUCGUCAUAAAACCGGUGAAACAAUUCUCGCACCAUUCGUACGGUGUGUAUCGGAAUUAAUUAUUUAAAUUUAUUUCACCGACCCCCCCAUUCUGCACACGUGAGCGCUGCACAGUUGUGAUCCAUCGUGAGCUUGUUGGACGUUGUGCCCGUUUAUAAUCCAUGUUUGCGAGAGUUAAAUGCCACUGGGGAUCUCGAAAUCGAAUUUCUGCAACACAAUCUUCAUCAUCGAAAACCAUUUACACCGGAUUAGAUUAGAUUUAUUCCAGGUCGGCGUACACAUCAAACAUGCACACACACACACAGCAUCGGGGUUCGAAUUCAAUCUUCAGCUCGUGCAUUUUUUAACCAGGGUAUACAUUUUAAAUUGUCCAACACACUCGCCCAAGCUCACCCUUAUUUGCCGGGUCCAAGCAAUCGUUUGCUGGAUGAGCAAACAAUUCUUCUCACAACUAUUGGAGAUCGUCGGUGACUGGCAAAGUCCAAAUCCCAUCCCAGCAACCAUCGUCGUACAAGCACAACAGACACCGCAAACAGUAGAUGUCUUGCAUUUUUUCCUGCUACUACCAGUUUCUGAAGGGUUUCGUUUUGUUAUCUGCACGAGUUCAAAAUUUUGUCCACACCGACUUAAACCGCCCGGCAGCAUCCAACAAACGGCUCAAGCAAGCAGCGAUGGCACAACAGUCGGGCGAAACGUCAACAGCACGCGGAGGCACCGGAUCGAUGAUGUGUCGACCGGGGAAAACCACACGCAAUCCGUACCUGAACUUUUUGCGCGAUUAUCGGCGCAAAAAUUGUCACCUGUCGGCGGUGGACAUUGUCCGCCAGGGUGCGGAACAGUGGCGUCGUAUGUCCGACGAACAGAAGCUACCGUACGUGAAGAUUGCGUUCUACACACCGUUGAGACGGCGCCGAUGUCCAACCUGCACCGGGAUGUCUGGCCGUAUGAAGCGGUCCACUAUGCGGGCGAUCGCUCGCAGCAAAGCGAUGAACCGGGUACGUGUUAAGAGGGAAAAACAACGUGAACGAUAAGGAUCGAAAUUGAACCGUGAAGUUUGUGAGCGAACUGGGGAAAACUUAUAUAUUUUGUACAUCGAUGUUUUGACACACCGUUCGGCAGGAAGUCAUCAGAGUAUGGUGGUAGUCACGGCGGAGUCAUACUGUGCCGAUCCUGAGGUUAGGCCCGUUACAGUAAUCGUUGGAGACAUGUUGCUGGAAUGUAAAAAUAAACUCGUGAAUGGGA